UAUCCUGUUUCACAAUUGUUUGCAAAUAGUCUUAUAUACUGUUCACAAAUUCAACAUCAUUAUUUUCCUUCUUGAUGCGUUGUUUUUUUUUCCUUCUAAAAACAUGCAUUAUGUAACAAAAGCAUAUAUUUAAUGUUUUAUUAUAAAUGAUAAAUCCAUAUGUUAAUUAAUAGGUACGCAAACAUAAAAUUUAAAAGUUCAUUAGAAAUAAAUAAAGAUAAAAGACUAGGAUAGAAGACAAACAUGGUUGCUGAAGGUAUAAGCAUCAUCAAUCCAGGCAAACAUAGAAUAAUUUUUUUUCCCCCAAAGAUAACACCAAAUGGUAAAUCACCGUCUUGAUAAUAAGUUCAAUAAAUGCAAGUAUCCCAGAAAGAUGAUGUUUUUAUAUCAUGACUUGAUAUAAAUAGUAAAUCAAUGCCUUGAUAUGCGGCAUUGUUCUCAAUCUAGGUGAGGUCCCAUACUUUCUUAGUAAGGAAUAAAUAACACGAUAGAAAACUACAAAGAUAGGGCAUAAUUUGGAUGAACCACAAAGCAAAAAACAGAAACUGUGCUCUUAUCAUGUUUACUAUCUUCAACUUUGUUUUGAAAUGAGGACCAUUAUCAAAAAGAAGGAUGAGCAGAAAAAGGACCUGACUUUGAUUUGUUCAUCUUCAAGUGAGGCUGAAGAGAAGGAAAGGACCAUACAAUCGAAAGUUGUGCAAACAAACAAUGGGAAAUUGCAUCGUGGUUCCACUUUUCAUAUAGUAAAGGAUCUCCGUCAGUAAUCAGCUUCACAGCUUCCACAAAAGACAUAGAGGUAGCUGCUGCACCGCAAAGAAUAAGAAAUCCCUACCUCUAGAGCAUAAGAAUCUGCUAGCAACAAGGCAGGGCCUAGGGCUAAUGCUAUGUAAGUAGCAUGCCAUUCAACAUACAUAAAUCUUCCAAAUAAAAUUUUCUUUUAUUUAGCCAAACAAGCGUAUAGAUUAUAGAGUAAUGCAACUUAAGCUUCCUAAUAGAGUGUGUUGAAAAAUCAUUAACAUAUCUAUUUCUAAAAAAUAGUAAAGCUAGAUAUACAUCUAUGUGCUGGAUAUUGGUUGAAGCAGUGUCAACAUAUUAGAAUAGAACAGAUCUUUUAGAAGAAUCACAGAGAUCUUUUAAGGGUACUUAAGUCAUGUUAAGCUCAAGCUUACCAAGUAGUAUUACAUUAAUGGUUCACUGGGCUCCUGUUACUCCUUGUGGAGCAUAAAGGAUUCCUUCCAACAUCUAAACCAACAGAUGAAUCAAUGGAAAGGAGCGGUGUAUCCAAGCCAGUCAUAAUGCUCAGGGAUGCCACAAAAACAUCUCAAACAAGCUUCUAGCACUUCUAUAUCGUGAUAAAUGAAAACCAUCAUGGUAUGUCCCUUUCAGCACAAAACAUCAUAGUAUUCCUUGAAAGUCAAAGGUAACUUCGGAGAUUUUAGAAACCAUAUGAACAAAAGCUUUAUAAGGUUAAACCCUGGAAGCACACUCUUAAAGCCUCUACGAUAGUAUCGGGCCUACUCAUUGAAAUGUCAUCAACGAUUUUGCCAAUGGUAGACAUUCAGCCUUAAAUCUCCCAGACAGCUGUUGCACACAUACAGAGUCGAAAGGUAAAAAUUACAUCAACCACCAACUCGAUGCUUCAAGCAUUUGGACGGUUGACAGAAAAUGAGCAUUCUUAACAAACUACUGAAGUGACAUUACAAUUCAAACAUCAUAACCUCUACUGUCCAGAGCCACUUAUAACUGGUUUUCUUUCCACUGCAUCUGCAGGUUUGGGUUCGAUAAGACUCCAACGCUAUUACUUCUACCCAACAACUGUGUUUCCUAACUGUAAGAUGCCACCCUCUGUUCAAACUGUAGAGCAAUAAUCCUAUCAUACAUUGAGCAACAUCCACCAUUUGCUACCUCAAGUAGUUUUGGCAAAGGGAGGUAGCAAGCUUGAGGCAGCAACUCCAGUACUUGCAAGAAUACCACAGGCAAUUGAUGGGAGAAGAACUAUCUGGUUUAAGCAUCAAUGAUCUGCAGAACCUGGAAAACCAACUUGAAAUGAGUUUGAAAGGUGUCCGCAUGAAAAAGGACCAAAUUCUAACAGAUGAAGUUAAAGAGCUAAACAACAAGGGACAUCUCAUUCAUCAGGAAAAUCUAGAACUGCAUAAAAAGUUAGACCUCAUGUACCAAGAAAACACUGAGCUUCAAAAGAAGGCUUAUGGUACAAGGCAAGCAAAUGAAGCUAGCAGAAGCUCUCCCCCAAAUUAUACUUUCAACAAUGGAUAUGAUCUCCGAGCACCUGUUCAUCUCCAGUUAAGCCAGCCCCUACCUCAGAAGAAUGAUGCACCAGAAAAACCAAUGAAGUUGGGAUUACAACUGCAUUAGCAAGCAGGUCGGACAACCAUGGAUGGACAUCACAUCAUUACCCUAUCAACAACUUGCCUGCAGUUGAAAUUUGAGGCUUCUACAAGUGAGCCUUGAUAUUCCAGCUAUUAGAUAAAGUAUUUUCAGCAUAAAAAUAAAAAUUAAAAAAAUAUAUGAAAUAUAUAAUUAAACAAUCUUUAGGUUUCUGUAAUUAACAGGGACACGUUAUCCGAUGUAAAUUUAUGAAAUAAUUAGAAUGCACUGUAUGUGUCUGAUGUUACUCUAUGGUCAGCUGCCUCGUGAACUUCUUUGUUCAACAGUAUUGAUUUACCAAGUGCAAAUUGCAAUUGUACUACUUGUGUUAUCCAAUAAAAAAAUUCUCAGAUUGAUUUUA